AUGACAUCCAAUAAUCCUUAUGAGAUCAUGGAUGAAGAGGAAUUUGAUUGGGAAGCAGCUGCUAGAGAAAUCGACGUCGUUUGCCAGAUGAGUAGUGACACACAGGGAAAGGGAAAACAGCAAUCCACUCUCGAUAAGUUCGUGUCUAUUGUCAAUGCCAAGAAGGAAACCCCAACACCGCAGUUCCAAGAAGAUUACCAAAGCCCUACCUUUGUCCACCACAUUGACGAGGAGGCGGCCAAAACCUGGAUAUAUCCGGUUAAUGUUCCUCUUCGUGACUAUCAAUUUCAUAUCACCGAGUCCGCACUCUUCUCAAACACAUUGGUGGCCUUGCCAACGGGUCUUGGCAAAACCCUUAUUGCUGCAGUUGUCAUGUAUAAUUACUUCAGAUGGUUUCCUCAAGGCAAAAUAGUCUUUGCUGCUCCUUCUCGGCCACUUGUCAUGCAGCAGAUUGAAGCUUGCCACAAUAUUGUGGGGAUACCUCAAGAAUGGACAGUUGAUAUGACUGGUCAGCUAAGUCCUCCCAAAAGAGCUCAAUUUUGGAAAACAAAGCGAGUAUUCUUUGUCACUCCACAAGUGUUGGAAAAGGAUAUUCAUUCUGGUACAUGUUUGGCGAAGUACUUGGUAUGUUUGGUGAUCGACGAAGCUCACAGAGCAAUGGGAAAUUACGCCUAUUGUGAAGCAGUUCGCGAGUUAAUGGCUGUACCGCUACAGCUGAGAAUAUUAGCGUUAACUGCAACACCAGGAUCAAAGCAACAGACAGUCCAGGCCGUCGUUGAUAAUCUGCAUAUCUCCAGACUUGAAUAUCGCAGCGAAAAUGACCAUGAUGUUAUCUCAUAUGUUCACAAUAGGAAGAUAGAAUUGAUACAGGUUGCAAUGGGCCCAGAAGCUGUAGAAAUAAACAGUAAGUUUAUGGAAGUAAUACGUCCUAUAGUUGCCAGGCUUUCAAAUAUUGGUGUCAUUCAGAACAGAGAUUACCGCACUGCUAGGCAAGAUCUUUCUCAUGUCAACUAUGAAGAUGUUGAAGGGUAUUUUGGAGUUCUCAUCACUCUUUAUUACAUCCAUAAGUUACUCUCAAGCCAUGGAAUAAGGCCAGCAUACGAAAUGCUAGAGAGAAAAUUGAAGCAAGGAUGCAAUAGAGACGUUUUAUACAAUGCUUUUUAUGAUUUGGACGACAGUGAUCACAGUUAUUCUGAAAGCAAGGCAACUAAUGCAGCAAAGUUUGUCUCAUGGAGCAUCGAGUCCAAAAUUGUCCAAAAUGCUAGAAGUAUUGGCGGAGCAUUUCAGACUGCUCCAAAACAGCUGAUGACAUCUUUGGAUGAGGUUGCAGAAACCAAUGAUCCGCAAAACUCCAGGGUAUUUAUCUUCUCCAAUUACAGAGAAAGUGUCAGGGAUAUAUUGAAUGCACUUGAAGAUAUUGGGGAAUUAGUCAAAGCUACCGAGUUUAUUGGUCAAAGUUCAGCAUUGUUGACAUCUGCAACUCUUCCUCCUGAGCAUAUAUUUGUAGGAAAUGUCUUAUUCUCCAGGAAAGCAAUGAAAGGUCAGUCCCAAAAGGUUCAACAGGCUGUGCUGACGAAAUUUAGGUCUGGCACCUAUAAUGUCAUUGUUGCUACAUCGAUUGGUGAAGAAGGUCUUGAUAUCAUGGAAGUUGAUCUUGUCAUAUCUUUUGAUGCUAAUAUUUCACCACUUAGAAUGAUUCAGCGAAUGGGGAGAACUGGAAGAAAGCACGAUGGACGAUUUUCUAAAGAGCUACAAAUUCCUCAUGUCUUUAAACCAGAGGUUAAAUAUGUUGAGCUGUCCAUUGAAAAAUUUGUUCCUCGUCAAAAGAAUGUGAAGGACAUUGAGCUCCACAGUUCUCCAUCAAAGGACAAACUCACUGUUGCUGAAAUUGAUUUACUUAGAACAUAUUUUCACCCUACUGGAGAAAACAAUUGUAGAAUGUCUCUUAUUGCCUUUCCCCAUUUUCAGACCUUUCCUUCUAGAGUGCAUAAAGUGAAGCAUUCAUCUGGAACGUUGAUGCUUAUAGACAUGAUGCAGCGUUUGAAAGGAGUAGCAUCAUUUCCUGAAGAUGACAAAGCUUCUUCACUUCAGGAAGAUCUGUGUUUGGGACAUAGUAAGCCAGUCAUCACUGCCCAACUUGGUAAAGCUAGAAAGGACAAUGAAUCAUGCUCUAGACAUACACUGAGAAGGAAUGUAGUCUCUGAUAAUUGUCUGGACCUGGAUUCAUGUCAUUUGGGGAUUCAAAGCAAAGACUUCGUCAAUCUAGCUUGGCAAGAUGGUACUUUAUGUGAUUUGGGUAAGAAUCAAGAAGAAACAUGUGAGGGUGAUGAGACAAUUCCCGAGACUCCAAUUUCUAAGAGAAGUGUGUCAAAUGAAGGAGAUAAUGGUGGUCAAAUGGUAAAUCCUAUGGAGAUUGAGAUUUCUUCGUUGGUUGCAGAUGCAUGCAUUAAUGGCAUGAAAUAUGAAGAACUUAGUCCACGUUUAACUAAUUUGAUUAAAAGUGGUGUUGUUCCAGAGUCUCCUAUUGAUGAAAGAGGUGGGUGUCUAAAAGGUGAUAAAGUGACGGUGUACAAUAUUUUAGAGUAA